UCUUGUAAUGAUUUUAACAUUCAAGAAAUACCCACCUCAAAAAACCCAUUAUCAUUUAACCGGAAAUUAUUAAUCAAUUAAAAUAUGAUUAAUAAUUUCCAGUUCCGACAUAAUUUCUUUAUAAUCUUUCAUUUCUUUUUUAUAUUUUUUCCAUUAAACAGCUUCGGCAUUCGCUCUUUUCCGGCCACCGGAGAGGCCAUUUCCGAUCACCAUCAUCGUCAUUACCAUGGCAACAUCUUUCAUUUCAGUGAAGCCCCAGAAUACCGCAACGGCGUUGACUGCCACGUGUCACAAACAGUCCACGUGGCGAUGACAUUGGAUUCUGAAUACUUACGUGGAUCAAUCGCGGCCGUACAUUCUGUUCUUCGCCACACGUCAUGCCCGGAAAAUGUGUUCUUUCAUUUCAUAGCUGCUGAGUUUGACCCAGUUACUAGUCCACGUGUCUUGACACGAUUGGUUAGAACCACAUUCCCUUCUUUGAAUUUUAGAGUGUAUAUUUUUCGUGAAGAUUUAGUUAUUAAUUUGAUAUCGUCAUCUAUUCGGGUUGCAUUGGAAAACCCGUUAAACUAUGCCCGGAAUUAUCUGGGUGAUAUACUUGACCCGGGUGUAACCCGAGUCAUAUAUCUUGACUCGGAUGUUGUGUUAGUAGAUGAUAUAAAAAAGUUAUGGGAAAUUGUUUUAGAAAAGAACCGGGCUAUUGGGGCUCCGGAAUAUUGUCACGCGAAUUUUACUAAUUACUUUAACGAUAACUUCUGGUCCGAUACAACAAUGUCGCAAACAUUUACUGUAUCGGACCAGAAUAGAAGUAAAAACCAAAGACGUCCGUGUUAUUUUAACACGGGCGUAAUGGUAAUGGAUAUGAAAAAAUGGAGAAAAGGGAAUUAUAGGAAGAAAAUAGAGAACUGGAUGGAAAUACAAAGGAAAAAAAGGAUAUAUGAGUUAGGGUCAUUGCCACCUUUUUUACUGGUGUUUGCCGGUAACAUUGAGCCAAUUGAUCAUAGAUGGAACCAACAUGGGCUAGGUGGUGAUAAUGUGAAGGGUAGCUGUCGGUCAUUACAUUCGGGUCCAGUUAGUUUGUUACAUUGGAGUGGAAAAGGCAAACCAUGGGUUAGAUAUGAUGAAAAGAGACCGUGUCCAUUGGAUCAUUUGUGGAAGCCUUAUGAUUUAUACAAGAAGAAUAAUGACGAUCAAUCUCAACCGUUGGAUUAUGAAGUUAGUAUUAGUAGUGGAUAUUCCAAUUAUUUGAUUUGAUGUGUUGGGGUAAAAAUAGGUGAAAAUUGUUUUGUUUUUGGUGGUCUAGAUUUUGUUUAGGAACACAUGGUGAUUCAGAUUUUUAGAGAUUUUGAUAGAUGUGGAAAAGAUAUAUAGAAAAAUUUGUUGUUUUUAGAUUGUUGAUUGGUUCAUGGGAUUCGAUUCAUUUUGGUAAUUGUGUUUCCUUUAUUUUAGUGCGAUGGUAAUUUUUAUUUUAUAUAUAUAAAUGUUCAUUUUGAUGA